UCGCCUGGCCCCCUCCUCCUCACUCCUCGCCCUCGGGCGCAGCGGCCACCGGAGCGCUGCAGGGGGCUGCGCUUGCCUACUCCGCCCCAGAACUGUCGGCGAAAGGUAGUUUAUGCCAGUGUGGCUUCAUUCAUACAGAUGAACCAAGGAUUGGGAUAGCAGUAUAAAAUUAGAAUCAGACAGCUGACUGCUCAGCAGGAUGCCAUCAACUAACAGAGCGGGCAGCCUGAAGGACCCUGAAAUUGCAGAGCUCUUCUUCAAAGAAGAUCCAGAGAAGCUCUUCACAGAUCUCAGAGAAAUUGGCCAUGGAAGCUUUGGUGCAGUGUAUUUUGCACGAGAUGUGCGUACCAAUGAAGUGGUGGCUAUCAAGAAAAUGUCUUAUAGUGGAAAGCAAUCUACUGAGAAAUGGCAGGAUAUUAUUAAGGAAGUCAAGUUUCUACAAAGAAUAAAACAUCCCAACAGUAUAGAAUACAAAGGCUGUUAUUUGCGAGAACACACAGCAUGGCUUGUAAUGGAAUAUUGUUUAGGAUCUGCUUCAGAUUUACUAGAAGUUCACAAAAAGCCAUUACAAGAAGUGGAAAUAGCUGCAAUUACACAUGGUGCUCUCCAGGGAUUAGCUUAUUUACAUUCUCAUACCAUGAUCCACAGAGAUAUCAAAGCAGGAAAUAUCCUUCUGACAGAACCGGGCCAGGUGAAACUUGCUGACUUUGGAUCUGCUUCCAUGGCAUCUCCUGCCAAUUCCUUUGUGGGAACACCAUAUUGGAUGGCUCCAGAAGUAAUUUUAGCCAUGGAUGAAGGACAGUAUGAUGGCAAAGUGGAUGUAUGGUCUCUUGGAAUAACAUGUAUUGAACUAGCGGAAAGGAAGCCUCCUUUAUUUAAUAUGAAUGCAAUGAGUGCCUUAUAUCACAUAGCCCAAAAUGAAUCCCCUACACUACAGUCUAAUGAAUGGUCUGAUUAUUUUCGCAACUUUGUAGAUUCUUGCCUCCAGAAAAUCCCUCAAGAUCGUCCUACAUCAGAGGAACUUUUAAAGCACAUAUUUGUUCUGCGAGAGCGCCCUGAAACAGUGUUAAUAGAUCUCAUUCAGAGGACAAAGGAUGCAGUAAGAGAGCUGGACAAUCUACAGUAUCGAAAGAUGAAGAAACUCCUUUUCCAGGAGGCACAUAAUGGACCAGCAGUAGAAGCACAGGAAGAAGAAGAGGAACAAGAUCAUGGUGUUGGCCGGACAGGAACAGUGAAUAGUGUUGGAAGUAAUCAGUCUAUUCCCAGUAUGUCCAUCAGUGCCAGCAGCCAAAGCAGUAGUGUUAACAGUCUUCCAGAUGCCUCAGAUGACAAGAGUGAGCUAGACAUGAUGGAAGGAGACCACACAGUGAUGUCUAACAGUUCUGUCAUCCAUUUAAAACCUGAGGAAGAAAAUUACAGAGAAGAGGGAGAUUCUAGAACAAGAGCAUCAGACCCACAAUCCCCACCCCAAGUAUCUCGUCACAAAUCACACUAUCGUAAUCGAGAACACUUUGCUACUAUACGGACAGCAUCGCUGGUUACAAGGCAAAUGCAAGAACAUGAGCAGGACUCUGAGCUUAGAGAACAAAUGUCUGGCUAUAAGCGAAUGAGGCGCCAACAUCAGAAGCAACUGAUGACUCUGGAAAAUAAGCUAAAGGCUGAGAUGGAUGAACACCGCCUCAGAUUGGACAAAGAUCUUGAAACUCAACGUAACAAUUUUGCUGCAGAAAUGGAGAAACUUAUCAAGAAACAUCAGGCUGCUAUGGAAAAAGAGGCUAAAGUGAUGGCCAAUGAAGAGAAAAAAUUUCAGCAACAUAUUCAGGCCCAACAGAAGAAAGAACUGAAUAGCUUUUUGGAGUCACAGAAAAGAGAAUAUAAACUUCGAAAAGAGCAGCUUAAAGAGGAAUUGAACGAAAACCAGAGUACCCCCAAAAAAGAAAAACAAGAAUGGCUUUCAAAGCAAAAGGAGAAUAUACAACAUUUCCAAGCAGAAGAAGAAGCUAACCUUCUUAGACGUCAGAGACAAUAUCUAGAGCUAGAAUGCCGUCGUUUUAAGAGAAGAAUGUUACUUGGACGUCAUAACUUGGAGCAGGACCUUGUCAGGGAGGAGUUAAAUAAAAGGCAGACUCAGAAGGACUUGGAGCAUGCCAUGCUCCUUCGACAGCAUGAAUCCAUGCAAGAAUUGGAGUUCCGCCACCUCAACACAAUUCAGAAAAUGCGCUGUGAGUUGAUCAGGUUGCAGCAUCAAACUGAGCUCACUAACCAGCUGGAAUAUAAUAAACGAAGAGAACGAGAACUAAGAAGAAAGCAUGUCAUGGAAGUUCGGCAACAGCCUAAGAGUUUAAAGUCUAAAGAACUCCAAAUAAAAAAGCAGUUUCAGGACACCUGCAAAAUCCAAACCAGACAGUACAAAGCAUUAAGGAAUCACCUGCUGGAGACUACACCAAAGAGUGAGCACAAAGCUGUUCUGAAACGGCUAAAAGAAGAACAGACCCGGAAGUUAGCCAUCUUGGCUGAACAGUAUGAUCACAGCAUUAAUGAAAUGCUCUCCACACAAGCCCUGCGUUUGGAUGAAGCACAGGAAGCAGAAUGCCAGGUUUUAAAGAUGCAGCUGCAGCAGGAACUGGAGCUGUUGAAUGCAUAUCAGAGCAAAAUCAAGAUGCAAGCUGAGGCACAACAUGAUCGAGAGCUUCGGGAGCUUGAACAGAGGGUCUCCCUCCGCAGGGCCCUCUUAGAACAAAAGAUUGAAGAAGAGAUGUUGGCUUUGCAAAAUGAACGCACAGAACGAAUACGAAGCCUACUGGAGCGUCAAGCGAGAGAAAUUGAAGCUUUUGACUCUGAAAGCAUGAGACUAGGUUUUAGUAACAUGGUCCUUUCUAAUCUCUCCCCUGAGGCAUUCAGCCACAGCUACCCAGGAGCUUCUGGUUGGUCUCACAAUCCUACUGGGGGUCCAGGACCUCACUGGGGUCAUCCCAUGGGUGGCCCACCACAAGCUUGGGGCCAUCCAAUGCAAGGUGGACCCCAGCCAUGGGGUCACCCCUCGGGGCCAAUGCAAGGGGUACCUCGAGGUAGCAGUAUGGGAGUCCGCAAUAGCCCCCAGGCACUAAGGCGGACAGCUUCUGGGGGACGGACAGAGCAGGGCAUGAGCAGAAGCACGAGUGUCACAUCACAAAUAUCCAAUGGGUCACACAUGUCUUAUACAUAACUUAAUAAUUGAGAGUGGCAAUUCCGCUGGAGCUGUCUGCCAAAAGAAACUGCCUACAGACAUCGUCACAGCAGCUUCCUUACUUGGGUACUACAGUGUGGGAGCUAAGUGCAUAUGGUAUAUUUUAUUCAUUUUUGUAAAGCGUUCUGUUUUGUGUUUACUAAUUGGGAUGUCAUAGUAUUUGGCUGCCAGGUUUUGUUUUGUUUUUUUAACUUUUGGGGAAAUUUUCAAAAAUAGAAUUGAUAUUAAAAAUAUGUGUAUGUGUGUAUAUAUAUGCAUAUAUAUACAUACCUAUACAUUUUGUGCAUGUGAUAAAAAGAAAUUGGCUAGAUAGGGGGUAUUUUCUGAAUAUUGCAAAAUAAAAUGCAGCAAAGUGGCUGAAGUCAUCACUUUUGGGUGUCUGUAUCCUACGAAGUUUUUGACAAAAUCUAAUGCCUUUCGUCAUAUCCAAAAUUCUUAAUGAGCCACUCACAGCAGGCACCAUAUACUGAAAUAAGUUAUUGGAACAUACCUCUGUAUCCUCUCACUAAUGUAUUUUUUAAUUAAAUUAGUCUGACUUCUCAGUGUCAUUUGGAGUUUAAAAAAAAAAAGAAGAAAUUCAUGAACACUAAAUGAUUGCAUUGACUUUUUCCGAGGGUAGAAAACAGCUUAGUUUUUUUUUUUUUCUGAAUGAAUCAUAGGUUUGUUGGUGGUUUUUGUCCAUUCAAUUGUGCCUUCUUUGUGUCAUGGUGAGAUGGGGGUGCUUAAGGAGAUCACAAGUUGUGUGGGGAUUACAUAACCUGUGAACCUUCAAUGGGGAAGACCAGAAGGGCAAGAAGGCCCCUGAUGGGUAUGUCCAGCAGCAGAGUGAGGAGAUAGAGUCUGUAUAUCUAAUGUUUUGUUGCUUAUACUGUGAUAUUAUUCUAGCUAAGCUUUAUACUCCCAAGACCCCAAAAAGUACUUUUACUUUGUUUGUACAAAGACAUAUAGCCAAUACAAAUCAAAUGCCAGAGGUAUUUGAUUGUUGCCAUAUUUGCAAAAUGCCAUCUAUUGGACUUCUCAUCACACUACAUAGAAAUAAUUUGACUAUCCCCUUUUGGCUUAAUGGGAUUUCCUGUUUACAGUAGAAUAGCCAAUUAUUUAAAUAUCUAGUUGCCACAGUGAACCAGGAGUCACUGAGCCAAUGACUUUACCAGCUGCUGAUUAAUCCUCAUCACCACUGUAGAUUUUGCUGCAUGUGCAGGUCUUCUAUUUUUAAUUGCGUUUUUUUUUUGUUUGUUUUGUUUUUUUUUUUUUGCUGCAGUACUUUACAAACUUCUAGUUCAUUGAGACUUACCAUUUGGCAUCAUGUUAACAUCACACAAUAGGAAACACUACUUCUGCAAGUCUCAAGCCUCAGUGCUACAGUACUACUGAAAAGGAGCUAGGAAGUUUGGCCAAU